CGAAAACCAGACGAAACAAAAGGUUUCUAAAAAAAUAACCUUGUUCGUGUGCCCCCGCAUAAUACACUCCCCUUUCUUAUAUUUUGCUUUCUCUGCGUUGAGCAAAUGCGAAUUUGCAAAAUCGCUGUUUUCAUACGGUAGCAGCACCAGGAGUCGAGUUUGAUCCGAUGUCGCCCCCUACAAGCGCAGAACAGAGAGCGAAAAUCGAGGCUUUGCUCGCUGACGGAAAAAUCCCACGCAAGGAUAUUGGAAAGCAUGUUGAUCCUCCCGUUUGCUAUGGAACAGUAGUGCGCAUUCAGAGGAAUCUAAAAAAGUAUGGCACAACAAAUAAGCCGCGCCAAGGUGUUGUUGGAAGACCUGCAAAGAUAACUGAGCCCAUGGCACAGGCAGUGCUGGAGGCCUUGACCGAGAAGCCGGAAAUGUAUCUGGAGGAGCUCGCCCGGGUAUUGCAUGAUGAGUUUGACGAAUGGGUGAGCGUCGCGACAUUGAGCAGAUAUCUAAAAAAGGAGGGUUGGGUAAAAGAGAAAGACGGCGAGAAUGGAGCUCCCCCACCUCAUCCGACAACUGUGGGAUCUGUAGGAGCAGGAGCAGGAGGAAGCAGGGCAACUGAAACGGAGUCAGUUACCACCGAUGAGGGCCAGGACGAAAUGGAUCAAGCGGUGGCAGCGAUAACUCCUUCUCCCCCGCUUCCCAUGACCCCGGAGCUCCAGCAAAGGCUGCAGAAACUCAACAACUCAGCUAUGAGGUUCUUCAGUGCGACCCUGAAUAAGGAUCCCACAGCAGACCUGUCACCAUUGUUUGAAAAGUACAGAACCCUCUACCCUGCGCGUCGGAAGAGGGCACAAGAAAAGUCCACAGCUACGGGUACGCAGUUAAUCACCGCAACCCAAUGA